AUCCAUGAGAACAAAACCCCAACUCAUCCCCUUUUGCCUUCUCCCCUUUCUUCACUCUCUCUCUCUCUAAACCUUAGCCCCCAAUUCUAGAGAGAGAAUCCACCCAAUUUCCCAUUCAAAUGAAAUCCCAAUCCUAAAGACAAUUCAAUUCAAUUCUCUCACUAUCUAACCCUAAAUUAUGUCUCACUUCGUCUUCGGAACAGCUCAAAUCCCUACAACUACCACUAAAACGGUUCCGUUAUUAAAACCUCCGGUUCCGCAGCUAUGUCCACGUCAGCUGAUGAAGGUGCAGCAGUCGCCGGCGGUUCAGGUUGUGGGUUAUUAUUAUAAUCAGCGCAAGUGUCUUUCGAUUAAGUGCUCUUCUUCGUCGUCGUCUUCGAUGAUUGACAGCGAUUGUGGAGAGUCGGUGGCGGCUUUGGAGCGGUGUUUUCUUGCGCCCGAUGGUUCGUCGUCGGAUUUAGGUUCGAGUUCGAGAGGAGGUGGUGAGUUUGGUCCGGUUAUGAAAGGAGGGAAUUUUGGGGCGUUUGGUGCUGUUACGUUGGAGAAGGGUAAACUUGAUUUAACUCAGAAGGAGUCCAAAGUUAGCCCCGAGGUUGCUCUAGGAGGAGGUGGUGGGGAUAUUGGCAAGAAAAUCAAUCACGGUGGUGGGGAUGGAGGUGACGAUGAUGGUGAUGAUGACGAUUAUUUUGAUGACUUUGAUGAUGGUGACGAGGGAGAUGAGGGUGGACUUUUCAGGAGGAGGAAAUUUCUUGAAGAGCUAUUUGAUCGAAAAUUUGUAGAUGCUGUUUUGAAUGAGUGGCAAAAAACGAUGAUGGAUUUGCCUGCUGGGUUUCGACAAGCUUAUGAAAUGGGUUUGGUAAGCUCCGCUCAAAUGGUUAAAUUCCUAGCAAUAAAUGCCAGACCAACAACUACUAGGUUCAUUUCCAGAUCACUUCCGCAAGCAAUUUCCAGGGCAUUUAUUGGAAGGAUGAUUGCAGAUCCUGCCUUCUUAUAUAGGCUACUAUUAGAACAGGCUGCUACAAUUGGUUGCUCUGUUUGGUGGGAGUUGAAUAAUCGCAAGGAUAGGAUAAAACAGGAAUGGGAUUUGGCACUUGUAAAUGUGCUUACAGCAUCAGCUUGUAAUGCUUUUAUGGUCUGGUCAUUUGCCCCUUCUCGAUCAUAUGGAAACACAUUCAAGUUUGAUUUGCAAAAUACAUUACAGAAGCUUCCAAACAAUAUAUUUGAAAGGAGUUAUCCCCUCAGAGAAUUUGACUUGCAAAAGAGGGUCCAUUCAUUCUUCUAUAAGGCUGCAGAGUUGUGUGUCGUUGGAUUAAGUGCUGGAGCAAUACAAGGUCAAUUAUCAAAUGUUUUGGCCAGUAGGAAGAAAGACAGGUUAUCUGUGACAGUUCCACCUGUGACUAACUACGCACGGGGUUAUGGUGCUUUCCUUGGACUCUAUGCGAACCUGAGGUACCAGCUAUUAUGUGGAGUUGAUAGAGCACUUGUCAGCCAUUUUGACGUUAUUGGAGUUGCAAUAUUUUUUAGCACGGCUUUGAGGGUUUUGAAUGUGCAAGUCGGAGAGACGUCAAGAUUGGCCUGGAUAGGGGCAGAAGCCGAUCCUCUCGUUCAUUCAGAUGAUCUUUUAAAGGCAUACAACAGAACUUCUGAAGAUGUCGAUACAUCAUCUUCAAAAUGGUUUAUAUCAAAGAAAGCCCUCGUUUCUAGUCUGGGGCUUCUCGGCAUCAAACAAGGGAAUGCAGAUUCUAUCGAUGGGGAACCAUCAGCACCAAAAGCCCGUAGAAAGAGGAUAGUCCGAAAGAAGGCAUCGGCGAGUUCAGCAUAGUUCAGUUGAUCUAAUCAUGGUCAUCAUCCAAUUUUGCUACCCGUAGAUGACAUGUAUCUAUGCGUCGACGCGAGACCUGAAAAUAGCGCGGAGUAAAUUUACAAAGAUGACUAGGAGAAUCUGCAAAAGAGUUGAAAGAUGGCAUGGAGGCAAAUGCAAUCUGAAUUUUUCUCUGAGGGUAGCAUAUGGUUUGAUUCUUGCGCUCACUAGUUUUAUUUUUGUUGCAUUAUUCAGUGUGUUGUGUAAUACAUUAACAUAAACACUGAAGUUGACUGCACUAAGUUUAACUUUUGAGCUAACAUUUGUUUUUUUUUAGCAAUAAUUAAGUAAUUUAUUUAUUUUCUUCA